AUGCAGAUUUAUGCUCACUUGAAAAAUCUUCCGUAUUCAGCAACUUUACGUGAAAUCAGAAAUUUUUUUCAAGGAUCUGAAAUCAGUAUGGAUGGCAUUAAACUUUUAGUUGAUGAUAAGGGUCGGAAAAUUGGAACUGGCUAUAUUGAAUUUAAAACAGAAGAAGAUUUAGAAAAAGCUCUCAAAAAAUUUGGUGAAUUUUUUGAAAGUAGAAGAAUGAUUAUUACCAAAUGUUCUCAGUCUGAA